CAGUUCGACGUAGUAGUUGCAUGGUGUAAAAUAUGGGGAAAAGAAAGCGAGACAUUGCGGACGAAAACGACGCUAUUCGAGUGCAGAAGAUUGAUGAAGAGGCCAUCAUUCAACACAAGGAAAGGACAGACAGUCCCCAACAAACUGCUGAAAGCCCCAGGAAGAAAAAGAAGUCUCAUAAAAAGCAUGUGGAAAUGGAAGUUAAUGGACAAACUCCUGAAGACCAAGUUAUCGCUGAAGAUACACCAAAUACCAAGAAGAAGAAACGAAAGCACAGAGAUAAGACUCCGGACUUAGAAUCAUCCAGGGGUAUUCUUGAUCAGCCCACUGUGCCUACAGAAAAUCACAAAAUGAAGAGGAAAAAGCACAAACACAAAAGGAAGGAUAUAGCAAGGUCAGAGUCGAUUUCGCAAUAUGAUGACUGCCCCUUGGAACUUGAAGACCAUCACAAGGAGAAAAAGAAAAAGCACAAACAUAAAAAAAAGCCCUCAGAAAAUAUCCCCAGCAAAACCCAAAGUGUUGAUAGUGAAGGAGAAAAUCUUACUGAACAGAAAUCUCACAGACACAAAGAAAAGGAAGCAGAAACCUCGGAGUCAACUACCCAAUAUGAUGACCACUCCUUGGAACUUGAAGACCAUCGCAAGGAGAAAAGAAAGAAGCACAAACAUAAGACAGAGUCCUCAGAAAAUAUCACCAGCAAAACCCAAGAAAUUGAUAAUGAAGGAGCAAUAUGUCACAAAAAGAAAUCUCACCAACACAAAAACAAGAAAGUUGACACACAAGAGUCGACAAUCCAAAAUAACGAUCGCUUUGUAGAAAGUGAGGAAACCCAAGAACAUCAUCACAAGGAGAAGAGGAAGAAGCACAAGAAAGAGAAAGAGUUCUCAAGAAAUAGCAGAAGCGAAACCCAAGAUGUUGAUAAUGAAGGAGAAAAACAUACCAAAAAGAAAUCUCACAAACAAAAAGAAAAGAUUGAAAUGUCUACAUCAAAUCUUGAAAUAGAACAAGAAGCUGCCGUGAAUCAAUAUCACCAAGAGAAAAGGAAAAAGCACAAACACAAGAAGGAGUUAGAACUAGUGGAAGCUGUCGAUGAAACACCUGAAGUGAUCUCAGAAGAUGUCCAAACUUUCAAAAAGAGGAAACGGAAAGAGAAAGAGAAGACUGAAGAAACAACUGUCAGUGAAGAUGUUAAUGAAGUUCAAGGUGAAGAAACGGUGGUCGUCCCUAAGAAGAAAAAGAAACGGAAACAAGAUAAGGGAGAAGUGCUGGUAGAUGAGGAAAGUGAAAUAUUGGAAGAGAAAAAUGAAAAUGGAGAAAAGGAGAAAUCUGCGAGAGAAAACAAUUCUGCCGAGAGACCUGGAGAUGGAUGCAAAGCUGGUGACAGCAGCGACACAGAUGAAGAAACUAAACAGAAGCUGAAACAAGAGUGGCAAGACAGGACGUCACUGAAGAAACUGCGAAUGCAACAACCCAAGAUGUUCCUCAUUGACAAUUUCACUAAUGACGAAGAUCCAAGGAUGACUUUCAAACCAGUUGAAAUGAAAGACCUUCAAGAUUUCAUUCAGUAUUCCGUGAUGGGCAAUGCUGCCAACGUCAACAAAAUCAGAUUCUGCAAGUUGGUGAGGCCAUUGCUGGUAUCCAAAGUCAUGGUUGUCGUCCUAAAUGGAGUGACAGAUGCUUGCUACCAGGAGAAUAGAGAAUGGUUCCCCCAUCUCAAUGGAAAAUAUGACCUGAUGGGACAGAUUCUCCAUCCUCCAUCGCAGCCACAGCAGUCAAUUCUGAAUCAACUCCUACAAGUUGCAAUCAGCAAUAAGCAGCUGAAGAAGAGAGCUUAUCAUGCGAAAAUUGAAGGCCAGACGUCUAAAGGAGGCCAGACUGCAGUUGUCACACCCAGUGCCGUGGCAUUGCCAGCCAGAACCACACCCUCGACCGCGCACGGCCGCACCCACUAUCUACUGAAUGACGAAGAGAAGGCCAAGUGGAGGUACCCUCAGGCAGAUGACCCAGAGUAUACCCACACCGAACACAGUGACACAGUCAGUGACAAGAGCCCCAUCGUCAGUGUGGAUUGUGAAAUGUGUGUAACGAAAAAAGGAAAUGAGCUGACGCGAGUCUCUCUGGUUGAUGAGCAGUACACUGUGUUAUACAACAGCCUGGUCAAGCCUCAUAACCCCAUCAUUGACUACGUCACAAGGUAUAGCGGUAUUACAAAGGAACUCCUAGACCCAGUAACAGUGAGACUUGAAGAUGUACAGAAAGAUAUCAUAGCUCUGCUGCCCAAAGAUGUCAUAUUGGUGGGACAGUCAUUAGAAAAUGACCUCAGGGCAUUAAGGUUAUUCCAUCCUCAUGUAGCAGACACAAGUAAUCUCUUCACUGGUACCUACCGAGUAGCACUUCGUAAACUGGCUUGGAAAUACUUGGGUGUAACGAUCCAAGCCAAAGAGUCAGGUCAUGACUCGAUAGAAGAUGCCAGAGUAGCCAUGAAACUCCUGCAACUCAAGAUAGAGAAAGGCAGCGACUUAGAAAAGUACACCAGCAAUGGAUCCAGAAAGCAGGCCCCAGAGAUUAUUCCAACAGAAAGCAUGUUCCGAUGCGCCCAGUCGCAGAGUAAAGUCAGCAUGUUGAUAGACAGCCUGUCUGUGGCGAGACAGUUCAUGAAAGAUCCGGUCGGAGCCAUCCCUUGUCAGACCGAUUCCGAGGCGUUAAAGAAAGCUGUCCAGGCAGUGCCGCAUUCAGAUUUCAUCUGCGUGCAGUUUUACAAUUUCGCCAAGCUGGCCCAAGGGAUUUCGCUCGAGGAAACCGUUGUCCAGGAAACAUUAAAGCAACUGGAUCAAAGAAUCAAGAAGAUCUACAAGGCACUACCUUUUAAUAGUUUUUUCCUUGUCGUCAUGGCAACGGAUCCAAACAGCUCAGGAAAUAGAAGCAAUAGUGUCAAUGACCAGGUUACUAAUGGACGUUUCUUCACAGGGAUAAAGGUCAAAUAUUAACCAUUUGGACUCAGGUUGAUAUCCAAUCAACUUUGUGUUACCGAAGUCCAAAUGGCAGAUAUUCAGUGGUGGAUGGACACAGUGAAACUGUGUACUACCACUGAGGUAGACUGGAUGCCCGUCUUCAUGUGGCAACCUCUCAGCACGUGAGAUCUUAUGGUGAGUUCCUGAACAGCCUAGCUGACAUGUAUGCAAGUGUCAUUGCUGAAGUGCCAGGUCAGAGUUCACCAGUGCUGAAAACUGUUUUGACAUGCCAUUUCCACCUGUGACUCCAUGCAUUGGGAAGGCGAGGCAGUAUUCAGUAUUUGGAAAAUUACAGGUCAAGAAAUGAAGGCUUAGAGAUUCCAUCAGUUAUGAUGACAGUACUUUCACAACUGGCAAGUGAUGUUGAUGAGGGAAGGUGGAGGGGCUUGUGUUUGGCUGGUACAUUGUAAGCGAUAAUUGUGGAGAGAGCACUGGUACAGUGUUGCAGAUUGAAAUCCACCUCCAGUCAAUUUCUUUGUUCAUCUGUAUAACCAGUUUCAUAAUUGGUUGUUUUGCAAGCCUUUAUUGCUUUAAACCCUCGUACCUGAAGUGGUAACCCUCCGUGAUAUUGAAUAGCUGAAAUGCAUGAACUACCAGUCAAAUGACCCAAGGUCAGUCCUCACAGCCAGUCUGGGGUCAAGUUUUUCAUCCAGCAUGCAGCAUGACAGUUAUAAUGAAAGUCUCAUGGACCAGUAUUUUGUAAAUUAACUUUUUAGACUGUGACCUUUGACUUUUCUGCCCUCGUGUCAAAGGCUUCUUGAAGAUUAAGGCUGUGUUUGAAUUACUUGGCUGUGGCCUGAAAGUAGUCAAUAGUAGUGGCCAAAAGUUGCCAGUUCCCACAGAGUCGUGUGUAAUUUCAAGCCAAAGCCAAGUAAUAAUUCAGCCUAAAAUUAAUCCGUAAACUAAAAAUUUGGCCUUUAAACUUAGAGCAUUUCUCAAAUCGUCCAACUUUUGUGAAUACAGAAAGGUAGCAAAGGAUCAUAUUUCCUUGCAACAACAUUAAAGUGAUUAUCAUUGAGACUUGAAAACCUUUAAAGUUUCAAGAGGAAAAGCAGGACACAAGUUUGAUUCUAUUACUGUUCAAUUCUUUAUUAGUAAUAAAAACAGUACACCCUCUGUAGAAUCUCACCAAUCAUGAAUGCAGUCUAAACUCUCCAUCUUUUAAAUGAGUGAUAUAAAACUGAUUACCGCAUUACAUACGAAAGCCUUGAGUUCAAAAAUUACUGUACAAUCUACAUUGCGAGUUGAAAGGAGAACUAUUUCAUUUGUUUGAAUUUGAAUGGUGCUUUUAUUAAUUAUUGCUAAAACUUAAAAAGAUGAACAAAAGUUUUGCAGAUUAUAUGAAGUUAUAAACAAAAAUGGAUAGAGCACUGAAACAAAAGGUCUGUAUGUCCAAAAUUUGCCAUUCAGGAUUUUUGGUUAUUCCAUUUUUUUGCCUAACAAAAAAACAGAUGUACAUGUAGCUAUGGUUCUGCAGACAAUAUACAUGUAUUCAUAUUCAAAUUUGUUUACAAUAAUGUUCAAGUUGAUGUUACAAGAGACAGAUAUUUUUUUAAUGGUUCAGUUUGCUGUAUUUCAAUGUCAAUAAAGACAACAGCAAGCAACUUGAUGAAUAUUCAUGUGUCCGUGUACCAUACACGUCCAGUUGGCUAGGGUAAGGAACACACAUUCACAGGAGCGUAUUGUUUUAAAAUGCAACAUUACCAGUUUGCAUCCUGAUUGUAAAAGAAUUAAAAACUGCAUUUUCAGAUAUGAUGCAUGGGGAAAAAGAUUAAACACACUGCUUUCAACCUGCUUCAAUGGCUGCUAAGAAUAACAAGAAGUUUAAGGCCUGACCGUUGGGAAAUGUUACUGAAUAUCUUGGUGAAUUACACAGGUAGUUUAGGGUAUACAAGUUGUGUUGAAUUUUAAGUGUAAUCAUACUACACACUGGCCCCCUUUUUUCUGUUUAUACUUUGUACAAACUAUGCAGACUGAAGACAUCGCAAGACUUCCACACCAGAAUUCACUGUUACGUGCAAUCAUCAUUGGCAAUUUCAUAGCAAGAAUAUUUGUCAUCAGGACACAAAAUCUGGAACGGACUGAUGCUCAUAUGAAAGAGCCUUUUCAGUAGUUCUCUGUACAUGGUUAUGGUUUGUUUUACGCUGAGCUGCCGUCUUUGCAUGGUUACCAAAGCUCACAGACAGAGUUCCUGUAAGUUGGCCACGUAAAGUUGGGUACCAGCCUAAUUUCUGCAUGGUGUUGGCCUCUGUCUAGAUCAACUGA